AUGCUACCGCAGACUCGAUUCUAUUCCAAGAGACGACUUACCAGACUGGCUGGUGCUCCAGGAUACAUCUACACCCAUAUUAACGUUCUAGACCACCCAGCAGACAGACCCGCCUCUCAGUAUUCUUGCCUCGCUCGACUAAUCGCUUCCAACGACGCUCAGACAGCAAGUGUUGCCGUACGGAUAGUCCGUGCCGUUUUUCUCUGGAUCCUGCGUUGGCAUCUGCCCUACUCCAUGGCUACUCCGUCCGAUGCGCCCUUGGCUGGGGCUAGGAACCCCACUGCCACCAAGCUUUUGUUUCUCUGCCGUGAAUGCUAUCGAGACGUUGGGCUGUAG